UAAAUUUUGUUUAGAUUAAAGUAAAUCUGAAUUUAUGAUGCUAGUUUGGAUAUUUAAUUUGACUUGGUUUCCUACCUUAUUUUCUAUAAUCAUAUACUACUUACAUAUCUGAAUAACACAAAUGGUGAACGUGCAGUUUUUGUUUUAUGCCUUUCAUCAUCAUCAUCAUCAUCAUCAUCAUCAUCAUUAGGUCAAGUUAUUGAUAUUAUUAUUGUGUUCUUCAUAUUAGAAUGCCAAUGAUUAUGCUGGGAAAGUAGAAUUUGUUAACCAAUCAGAGAAUGGAGAUGAAAGGAUGGAGAUUCAAAAUGAAUCACCAAACCAAUCAGACAAAGCAAACCAAUCAGAGAAUAAUGGAGAUGAGAAGAUUGAUGAGAUUCAGAGAGAACUAACAAAUCAAUUAGAGAAUAAUGAGGAUGAAAUACAGGUUGAGGCUUUUGAUACUACUAUUGGAAUUGAGGCAAACUGUGAGGAAAAGGGAGAUGGUGAUGAUGAUGAUGAUGAAGAUGACAAUGAUAUGACAUGGCCAGAGUAUUUUGCAAUGCAAUUGUUAGAACUUAACAAAGACUGGUUCAUCCCAAAGGAUGAUGUCCCCAUUAUUCCAAAUAAAUUUCACAAUGACAUGUUAAAACGGUUUAAAAAAGUUUUAUGAUCAAGUAUAUCUAAUUUUUGUUUUUCUUUUUUAUUUAUUUUUAGUUUUUUAUAUAUAUCCGGUUCAAUUUUGUACAGACUUUUGUUUUGGUCGAAUAGAUUUAUGUAUUAAUUUUUUAGUGAAUUAAGAACUACUUAUUAAUGUAGUUAAUUUGUUUAACUUUGUUCUAGAUAAACUGAGGGUGCUUUUUCUGCAAUUUAACAUUUAUUUGGAAGAUGUAGUACAUGCGUGUUAAUUAAUGGGGUUUAAUCUUGGGCUAUUCCAAAAAAAAAAUACUUAAAGAAUGACUUUUGAUGUUUGGAGAAUUGAUUGUUUAAAUGAAAUCAGCAAAAAAUGUGGUUGAUUGCUUAUUGUGUUUUUAAUUUUUUUUUCUUUUCUUAGAAUUGUGUUUCCAACAAGAGAAAUUUAAAUGACCAUGAUAAUGAUUAAUGAUAUAUUAAGAUUAUUUUAGGGUCUACGGAUAAAUUGACCAAAGCAGCAUAUAUUGGAAUGGUGGUCAAUAAUCUAUACAGAUGUUGAGUCUAAAUAAUAAAAAUGAAGAGAAAAUUACAAUGAAAAACUCAUUUGAACUAAACUGAAGUAUAACAUAAACCCUACAUCAAAUCAACUAAUUCAUACCCUAUAAUAAGGUAUGCCAUUAGGCAUUGGGGUUAGUGAUGAGGCAAGCUUGAGCUCAACGAUAAUAGGCUCCGGCAGGCAAAAUAUAAUGCAUAUCCAUGUUCACAUCAUUGCAAUAUGCAUUUACAGGCAACAGCGCUUGCUUGGCGAAAAAGAA